UGGCGGCUGGCCGCAAACAAAGAAAUAUACUUUAUUUGUAUAUAAAUAAACAAAAAAAGUAAUUAAAUUACAACGAAUUUAAACCAAAUAUAGGAAGAGAAUGUCUCGCCUAAUAUCUGGAGUCCGUACAUUAUUCCGUCGUUAUCCUUUUGUGACCAAUAGCGCCAUCUAUGGGAGCCUUUACGUGGGCGCCGAAUAUUCCCAACAAUUUGUUUCGAAACGUUGGCUGCCUUCGACUGCCGAACGUGAAGAUAUCGAUUAUGCAACAAUAGGAAGAUACGCUGUGAUGGGCACCGCGGCCUAUGCCCCAACACUUUACUUUUGGUACAAAUGGCUAGAUCGUACAUUUCCUGGUACUACCAAGGUGAUUAUUGUUAAAAAACUGGUAUUAGAUCAGUUUGUUUUAACACCUUAUUUAUUAACUGUCUUUUAUGCAGGCAUGUCCUUAAUGGAGGGCUCGGAGGAUACUUUCUUGGAAUUGCGCGAAAAGUUUGUGCCGACUUUUGUGCGUUCUUGCAUUUUCUGGUUGCCAGCGCAGGCCUUGAACUUUACUUUGGUGGCGCCCCGAUUUCGGGUUAUAUAUAUGGGAGUUUGUGGUCUAAUUUGGGUGAAUAUUCUAUGCUGGAUCAAGAGACAGAGUCUGCCGGUUGCCACAACGCCACACAACACAGUGCCUUCUUCUACAGCUGCCAUCAAGAAUACCGAAACUUGAGA